AGGGUGUGUUCCACAUAUAAAAUUUUAAAAAAUCAUACAACACCGUUACUCCUGACACAUUCAUACCACAUAUAUUCAAAACAAGUUGAAUUAGUUUCCUUAGUGAGUUGAGCCAAAAAUCUUCCAAGCUGCUCAUGAAACAGUGGGCAGUAUCACACCGGGCUCCAUGUACUGGAGUACUGCAAUAGUACUGCUACUUCCUCUACUACGCAGUAUUCGCAUUUGCAUAUAUUGCACUGCCUUUGUCCUCAGUGGGUGUCGUUGCACUUUAAUUCCUCGAUACAAGCUGAGGGACCAGAUUUCCCUUGAAACCUUAUGCCACCUAAGAGAGAGGCGGGGGCGAUUCCAUCCCCGACGCCGGGAAAGAUGCUAAAGAUCAACACGGUCCCACUGGAGGCUGGUCCAAUGGAGGAGUUGGCCGAGUCCACUUACUCUCCUUUUCUCAACACCGAGCAGGAAUUUGAGGGGAUUGAAGACGUCGAGAGUCCAGGCAUCCGAACAGACACAAUCAGCCUGCUGAUGAAGAUAGAACAGCUGCAGGCCCAACUCAAAUAUGAACGCAGGUGUCGAAUUCUGGCUGAGAGAGAGCUGAGGGAUAUGAAAGAGAUGAACACCCUAAUGGUGGAGAUGCGACACACGGCUCACGACCUCCGAGCCACACUGGACCACAUCCUCCAAGGCGGCGACCCGAUGAUGGCCACACACAACUCUCAAGAAGAUGGCAUCUCCUUCCUGUCGGAGCACGAGGCUGACAUCGUAGCAGUAGGCGACAAGCCAGAGGACAGCAACAACUACAUGUACCUCGCCGAAAACCUCCGGGUUCCGAGGAGUCUUUACGAGCAUGUGGGCGAAAUUGCAGACUUCAAGAAAUACACCGGAGCGCUGCUCAUGAUGCUUUUUGACAGAGAGACCCUGGCCACACACUCGCUGCAGGGCCGCAGGAACGCUAUGAGUGGGGACGAAUGCCCCAAGCCCCAGCUCCCACCUGAGAUCCUCAGGAGUAUCAUCGAGCAUGUGGCGGUCAAGUUUGGCGUGGACAGAAGCCAGAUCAAGACGGCUAUCCGGACCAAGUUGAACAAUGAGGACAAAUUGCUGAAGAAGAGAAUGGGCUUGGUGAAAGUGGAACACAAAGCCGACGUAUCUCUGCCCGACAACGCGUCAAUAUGAUUGAUGCCACUCGGCGGUGUGCUUUGGCCUUCAUCUUGUCUGCUCGUGUGUGUGCUGUAAUGUAACCGUGUGACAGGUUGCCUCUCCUAAUCAACAUUAUUCAAUGUAGUGCUUGAAUUAGGUUAUUUUUACAGUAGCGACCUUUUUGUAAACUUGGGACGGCUCUCAUUCGACAGUAUUCUAUAUCCUGGAGAGCAAAUGUACAGUGCUUUUAAGCUCACGUUUGCUAGAGGCGAGUUAAGUUCUUAUGUUAACGUUCUAUGUUUGCUUUGUCGAAAAGCUAUUCGUUAGCCAACAAAAACACUUUUACGAUUCACUUUCAUGGAUGUCCAGCCUUACACAUUUUCAACCAAUCUUCAACAUUUCAAUCAGUAUUGCCUUUUUAACUUUGAGUAAGAUUUUUUUUUUUUAAUGAGCACUUUCGGUUGCAGUUUUAAGCACACUUUCUUACUAAUCAAUAAUUGCUUAGUUUCACACGGUUCAACUCGUUGGACACUACUUUAGCUUGUAUCCAAGGUACUAAUUAUUUGUAAAGGGCAAAAAUACAAGAGCUGUAUCCAAAAAUCUUCUUUGACAAAGAUACCACCGCUCAGUUUUGAUUGAUGCAGUCAGACCAGAGCUGUUUUUCAUAAAUUAUAUUCUGCCAGGAUACAUUGUCAUCUUGUUUCCAAGGGUCCAAGAGUUGAGGAAACGAAUUGAACACCUUCCAUAGUAGGUAGCGGGACUACAAUUCCAUCUGAAUGUUCAGGAAUGCACAUCUUAGAUUGUGUCUGGUGAGGUUAGGUGCACAUAAACAAUAUUUGAUUAAUCACCUUGUUGUUGUGCUUCAUUGCAUUUGUGCCAAUAAUAAACUGAAGGGAAUGGUUAUGUUC